UGUAACUUUGCUUAGUUUCCGAUUGACCAAGUAAUCGGACUUCUCCACCAUGAAGAGUCUUCUAUUGUUUUGUUUUAUCGCUUGUGCGUACGCCAGUUUACUACCACGAGUGUUAGACAAUGGUUGGGAGGAUUAUGGGCCUUACGAGGGUUUGUAUAAGAUCGGCAACAUAUCAAAUAAUUACUUGCCCCUGACCAAAGAGGACCUGAGAGCCAGCAAGAGAGGUGCUCAGGUUCUUCAUAAUGUCAAGACAUUCAUCGAAACUGGAUUUUACACGUUGCCGCCGUUAGAUCCAUAUUAUAAAGAUAGUUUGCAGCCUCUCGUCAUUGCAGAUGAUAAACACCUUUCGCUUACAGCAAAAUUAUCUCAUUUCAAUGUUACUGGAUUAGUUGCAUUUACCAGUGAUCUGCUGGAAAUACGUUAUGGUAACGGAAGAGUGGAUUACAGAAUCGCAGUGCCGCAAGUCAAAAUUAAUACCAUUGCUCAUAUCAAUCUGUUGGUGGGUCGUAUAUUUGAAUUCAGAGCCGAUGGAGUGUUAAGUGUACUCCUGAACGACGUGGUGGUGCGAGGCGCGCUGCAGGUGGUGCAAGUGCCCCGGCACGGCAACAGGGUGUACCAGCUGCAAGGCCAGCACACGAGACUGCACGUCGGCGACGUCAAGGCGAAAUUUGAACCCUAUCUAAAAGGACCUGGCCAUAAAUCCAGCGCUCUGGGCUAUGGUUCUGACACAUGGGAUGAUUGUCUUCACCUUCUGUUAGAGCACAUAAAUGAGUUCCUAGCUAAACUGGUCUUCCAUCAAGCUAACGAAAUACUCGACGGGCCGACCGUUAAUCAAAUAAACGCAUAUCUUCUGGGGGCUGAUCCCACGAUGUAACUCUUCUAACCGGAUUAUAAAUGUCUUAAUAAAUGAAUUCAAUCUA